AUGUUGAGAAACACUUUUUUUAGAAAUACCUCGAGAAGGUUUUUGGCUACUGUAAAGCAACCUUCCAUUGGAAAAUACACCGGUAAACCAAACCCUUCCACCGGCAAAUAUACUGUCUCGUUCAUUGAAGGUGAUGGUAUUGGCCCUGAAAUUUCCAAAUCUGUGAAGAAAAUCUUUAGUGCAGCAAAUGUUCCCAUCGAGUGGGAAUUCUGUGACGUUAAUCCCAUCUUCGUCAACGGGUUGACCACCAUUCCUGAUCCUGCUGUACAAUCUAUUACAAAGAACCUGGUUGCUUUGAAAGGUCCCCUAGCUACACCAAUCGGAAAGGGUCACAGAUCUUUGAAUUUGACCUUGAGAAAGACAUUCGGUCUAUUUGCCAAUGUCCGUCCUGCCAAGUCUGUGGAAGGUUUUAAGACUACUUAUGAAAACGUCGACUUAGUUCUUAUCAGGGAAAACACUGAAGGUGAGUAUUCUGGUAUCGAACAUAUAGUUUGCCCAGGCGUUGUUCAAUCCAUUAAAUUGAUCACAAGAGAUGCCUCUGAGAGAGUCAUUAGAUAUGCUUUUGAAUAUGCAAGAGCCAUUGGUAGACCAAGAGUCAUCGUAGUACAUAAGUCUACCAUCCAAAGAUUAGCGGAUGGUCUAUUCGUUAAUGUCGCCAAAGAAUUAUCCAAGGAAUACCCUGAUAUCACUUUAGAAACUGAACUUAUUGACAACAGUGUAUUAAAGGUUGUCACCAACCCAUCCGCCUAUACAAACGCCGUCUCUGUUUGCCCAAAUCUAUACGGUGAUAUUUUAUCUGAUUUGAACUCUGGUUUAAGUGCUGGUUCUUUAGGCUUAACGCCAUCUGCCAAUAUCGGUCAUAAGAUUUCGAUCUUUGAAGCUGUUCAUGGCUCUGCUCCUGAUAUUGCCGGUCAAGAUAAAGCAAAUCCAACUGCUCUUCUUUUAUCAUCAGUAAUGAUGUUAAACCACAUGGGCCUAACCAACUAUGCUGAUCAAAUUCAAAAUGCAGUCUUGUCUACUAUCGCGUCCGGUCCAGAAAACAGAACUGGUGAUUUAGCGGGUGCUGCAACAACUUCCUCUUUCACUGAGGCAGUCAUUAAGAGGUUAUAA